CGACUGGCAGGUGUCACUUCUACAUGGGGAAACACGCCUUCAUCAGCAUUGGGAGUUUCUCAUUGCUCUUCCCCACCAACUCCUCCUUGAUAGGGAGAGCGAAUAAGCUAAUCUUCAAGCUGACGGAGGGAGGUCUGUGGGAUGAGUGGCUGGCGCGACAACUCGGGAACUCCAAGGAAUGUUUAAAGCCGCCGGCAACUGACCGAGGCGAGGGUGUGAAGCCGCUCGGUGUGCAGGAUAUACUGGGGUUAUUAGUUAUCCUGGCUAUUGGGUACCUCGUCUCGCUGCUUGUGUUCGCUGGGGAAACUCUCUUCUUCCACCAGAUCAACCAUGAUAACCACCCCCACGCGCCGCUAACCCCUGACCAGACGCCAAUGAUGAACUGAAAGCCCCACUCUUCCCUCCUCGUCAAAUGUUCUCCGCCACAUGUCUUGGUGAAG